AAUAACACAUACUACCAUAUUUUUAUUUACGUCUUUAUAUGUUGCUGUUUCACUCCGCUCGUAGUUGUAUCACAUUGGUUUAUUUUGAAACCCUAAAGUUUGCCCCCUUACACGUUUUUUGUCUUCUUUUUUCUCCCAUCUUUGUUUCGAGAAGCAUUUGACGAAGAGAAGAGACAGUGAAUUGCGGUUUCAAUUCAACCCACUUCAUCUCAGGUGUUUGAAGUUGAGAUAAAAAUGAGCGGAACAGAGAAAGCAGGAUCAGGAACCACCAAAACCCCCGCCGAUUUCCUCAAAUCCAUUCGUGGGAGGCCGGUUGUCGUCAAGCUCAAUUCUGGUGUUGAUUACAGAGGUAUACUUGCUUGUCUAGAUGGCUAUAUGAAUAUUGCAAUGGAGCAGACAGAGGAGUACGUCAAUGGACAACUGAAGAACAAGUAUGGUGACGCUUUCAUCCGAGGGAAUAAUGUUCUAUACAUCAGUACCUCAAAGAGGACUCUAGCAGAGGGGGCUUAGAAAGUAUAGGAAUCUGAUAUUUUUUUUUAAUGUUUGGAAGACGCUUAUAGUUUUGAAAGGCUUAUUGGACUGCCCUGCCUUUAUGUUUCAACUCUCGCCUAUUGUAACUUAUUUGCCCUGGUUAUAUUUUCAAGGUAAAACGGUAUGACCAGUUUGUAAAAUGCUCGUUGACAUAUUUUAGUAGAAUAUUUUAGCCUGUUUUGAAAAUUCAAAACAAA